CUUUAUUCCAAGACAUCUCUCUCCACGUUCUUCAUCAACCGUGUCUGGCCAGUUUCUUAGCCUGACUAAACUGAAACUAUCCAACAUGCGCGCUUUCACAUUGCUUAGUCUUGCUCCAUUUGUACUUGGGCAGCAGUAUCUGUUGAACCUGGAUUGCACCGAUUAUCCAGGGCCUUGCAACAAUGACUGCUACGCGGCGUAUGUCGCCAACAAGCCGUUGAUCCUUAACUACAAUGGCCCUGAUGGCCAAGCUGCCGCACGCCGGAGAGCGGCUGGUUGCGUUUCCUCUUCCCCAUGUACCAAUGGCAAGAUGGCAACGCCAAAUACUGAUGAGACCUCCUGUGACGAAUAUCCUUACGCGUCCGUUGUUGAAGGCGGUAGCGGAGCAAUUCUUCGGUGCACCCAGCUAAGUGAGAACACGGCAGAGGGUACGGCACUGAGUGGAUUUUUCAGUUCCGUCUGUGGCAAUCAACCCUGCACUUUCAUGAUUACCUUUGGAAAUCCAGGCGGUGGUCAAACCCCUUACUGUCUUGACGGUGGUGGUGCGAACGAUGGGUUCGAGUACUCGUACCAGGGCAACGGAAAUUAUCAACUUGCUAACAGAGACUUAAACGCUACCGAGGACGGUGGGUGGGGGCUACACGAGCCAGACCCAGCCGACUAUUUCCCUCCUCAUCUCCGCCGCGAAUUUCUCUUGGCGGAUGGGAGCCGCACUAUAGUCUCGUCGCGCAACCUAACUGCCUCUUACGACGAUGCAAUCUUCUAUUCCGUGCGCAACGGCACAGUGUUUCAAACUCAUGUAGUCAAGGAAUUACUCCACUUCGAGAAACGCCUCGAAUUGCAAGACCCGGCCUUGAGGGACUCUAGUUUGUAAUGGGCUAAGGCCCCCUUAGUAAGAUCCUCAGUGAGACCUCGGCAGGUUGCCUGUAAAAAUGACACUGAGAUCAACAAGAGAACAUGUCUGUCCAAUCCGUACUUAGAUAUAAGCUCUCUUAUAGAUAACUUUAUAACUCUCCAUCGAAUACAACCUUCUUUUACCCGU